AAGGUUCAUUUUGCAAACGUGAAUCUUGGAGUUUUGGGGAUGACAGUUGAGUGUGUUCGGAGGUCUGAAUCAGGUCAGGGGUUUCGUGACAGUGGGAGCAUAGGACGUGUUCCGAGUACAGUUCUGAAACGUCGUUGGGUUUUGAGGACCAAGAAUCCGAACGUUAAAAUCUCUCCUGGGAAUAGUUUGCUGGAUUUGGAGAGUGGUAAUGGUCCUCGGUGUAUCUCUGGAUCCGGUGGAUUGUGCAAGCCGGUUGAGACAGAGGCUGUGGCGGUUACAGUCACGACUGGGUUGGAGCUCGGUGGAGCUUCAACUGUCCUUUCAUGUUAUUAAUGAAGGGGGUGGUUGCAACUAGGGGAUAUAACUGGAGUCUUAGCUUGUUCUUGGGAACUGGAGGCUUGGAGGACUUGGCAGUGAAGAUUACUGAGUUACUCAUGAUGGGUUUACUUGGAUGGCAUUUGUGUCUAUGCGAAAUCCUUCAAGUGGGAGAUUGUUGGGUUAUUCGGUGAAGGCUUUAGAGCUGUGGGCUUUAAGCCUGGUCGGCUAAAGGGAAGAAACAUGGGGGGCCGGUUUUAGUUAUUAAUUAAAGGGCCCAUUAGUUGUUUCUUGUUUAGCAAGUUGUUAACCCUAGUUUAUAUCUUAUAAAUACCCAAUCAUGUAACUAUAAUCUGCGAGCACCUAAUAAAAGAUAAACCCUAGCUGCAACCCGUGGAGGUUACUGACCGAACCACGUUAAAUCUCGUGUUCUUAUUUUCUGCUAUUUGU